AUACGAAAGCUUGAUGUUCUAAAUUUUUAUCAUUGGUUCAACAGUUUGGAAGAAGCAAAGGAAGGAGGCAGAGGCGAAAGGCGGAAAGAGAGAGAAGGCAUGUCAAGAUCGGUGCUUCGGCGUCUGCAUACAUUCAUCGCUGCUCGUAUUCGGCAAAAUCAAGCCCUACUUCUCACCACUUCUGCUCUUCACCACUCUCCAUCUCCUUCUCAAUCACCAUCUCUCGAUGCCAUUCAAAUGACCGACAAUUGCGUCCAAAGAAUUAAGGAACUGCAAACCAAUGAAGCUUCCAUGAAGGAUAAAAUGCUUCGCUUGAGUGUCGAGACUGGUGGGUGCUCUGGGUUUCAAUAUGUCUUUUUACUGGAUGAUAAAACUAAUUCAGAUGACAGAAUUUUUGAAAGGGAUGGAGUGAAAUUGGUGGUCGAUAAAAUUUCGUAUGAUUUUGUAAAAGGUGCAACUGUUGAUUAUGUUGAGGAACUGAUCCGUUCUGCUUUCCUGAAAAGCCCUCUGAAACGUCUCCAGCUUCUUUCUAAAAGACAUCUGGACUGUGAAAAAGUGGUGAGCACAAACCCGAGCGCAGUGGGUGGAUGCAGUUGUAAAAGUUCUUUCAUGGUGAAAGAAUAGUCCUAGAAGUGAUGUCAAGACCUUUUUAACCUCUAUACUCUCAACAUGGCUAAGUCAUUCAAGUUUUGCUUCAAUUGAUCAUUGCAUCUAUAUUUCUUUGUCCUUAUUAAAUUUAAAUUUCAUGAUUACCAUAUGUAAGCCUAUUUAUGUAAACAUGAGGCAUGUGCCAGCUUGUAUGUGACUGAAUAACCAGAGUUUUCUCUCUGAUGUAUUUCUUCAAAUUGAGGGUUCAACAUCUAGCCAUCUCUAUUGAUGGGCUAGCAAUA